GUCACUUCCUCCCCGGCGUAACGCGGUGUUUGCACGCAGAAAAUGGCAGAGAAGGUCCAGACUGAGGACUACCCCACAGAGAUUGAUGAACAUCUUAUGGAAUUUAACUCUUCAGUCAACUCUGUCGACAGCGCGCUGCAGACACUAAUGUCAAUGCCCAAGAAUGACCUGCAAAAGUUGGAUCCAUUGGAACAAGCCAAGUUGGACUUGAUGUCUGCCUACGCUCUCAACUCCCUCUUCUGGAUGUACUUGGUUACAAAAGGAGUAAACCCAAAGGACCAUGGCAUCAAGCAAGAGUUGGAACGGACAAGGACGUACAUGAACAGAGUAAAGGAGAUUACAGACAGGAAGAAAGCCGCGCGUGUGGACAAAGUAGCAGCAGCUCGCUUUGUCAGGAACGCUCUCUAUGAUGCUGAGGAAGGGGCGUCCAAAAAGGAAGGUGCGUCCAACAAUGAAAGGGCAUCCAAAGAAGCCAUCAAAGCAUGGAGUCAAACACAGCCGUCCAAAAACAAGCUGAAUAAAAGAGAAGAAUUGUAGUGACUCCUACUGUGAACUGUACCUCUUGGAAAUAUGGUGUGGUUGUUGGAUGACUACAGCGGAAUCAGUUUAUAAACCCUCAAGUAAAAGGAGAAAUGUUGGUUUCUCUGCUAAGUAUUGGGAUUCUGUGAAUCACCCGUGGACUGAUGUUUGCAAGGACCAUGUGUUUGAUACUCAUAGAUUUAAAUGUUUUUUUUUGCUUAGCGUGUGUUGACUUAUUUUGUGUUCAUCUUAUAAUAAAACAUCAUGCUAUUCUGUUAUUUACCAUUCAUUCUACCUUAACGUCAAAUGAAACAGUACCAGUGUGGGAUGUAAACAGUAUUUUUUAUUUGUCCCAUGUUGGCUUUGUUUGAUAAGCCUCUUUUUUUUUGUUAUGGGGAAUUAAACAAAAAAAAAAGCAUGUGAUGUACCAUGUAGUUAGAGCCAACUCCUACAGCUUAAUAACAGUUUCUCUAUUCAUUAUGUUGGCAUUCAGAAUAAGCUUUUCUGUGUUUUGUGGUUUAUUUCAAAGAUAUCACCAUCCACAUAUGUACAUUUUCUCCCCAAUAAAGCUGAAAAAUGGAG